AUGCUCUCUUUCUCCCGCAUCGUACGCACCAGCAUGACUCCUUUCGACCGCUUGCCGGACGAGCUCGUCAGCCACAUCCUCGACUCGCACCGCGCGCCUCUCAGCGGCUACUGGGACCGCGCCUUCUUCGCUUGUUUCACAGUGUGUCGACGGUGGGAGCGACUAGCGAAGGAACUGCUGUAUCGAGGCGUCGUCAAGGUCGAGUCGGAGGACGAUUGCGCGGCCUUGCAGGACUUGGCGGACAAGGAGGCGGAGCAGGUCAGGCGGUUGGUAUUUGCGGGAGAGUGGGAGGGAGAUGUCGAGGACAACGUGAUUCCGUACGAGCUGCUCGAAGCGGCAGCUGUGAAGCUGAAGCAGCUCGAGGCGGUGGACGUGAGGCUCUACUCGAACGCGACCGGAGUCGUGCCUCUGCUGCCCUUCGCCUCGCUUGAUAAACUCGCACGACUUUCCGUCGGCAGCGACACGGCUUUACGGAUUUGCGCUCCCGCCGGCCCUUGGAGCUUCGCCUCGCUCGUCGUCCUCGCCGUCAACUCGUCAACCGCGAUCGAAGUCAGCGGGUUCACCCCAGCGCGCCUUCCGUCGCUUCGAGCCGCCUACUUCGCCGAGAUCUGGUCUCUCUGGCCGUCUUUCGACUAUCUCGGCUUCGACCGCGCGUUCCUCGAGCAACUCGACACCCUCCAGCUCCUGUACUCCCCGGAAGCGGAAGAGUCUCGCAUUGGCUCUUGCACCUACCUCCAGCUCGAAGUCACCGUCAGCACAUUGACCGACCGAGACGUCGCGUAUUCUCGACGUCCUGAUAUCCUCGGCGACGGGCUCGCCGAGUCGGAGGCAACUGCUCAUCUUGUCGACCAAACAUAUCCCGGCAUUCGCCAUAUGCGCGGCACCAUGUUGGCAACGGGCCAGGAAGCGAAGUCGUUCGAAGAGCUCAGGCAGAAGAUGGCGCACUUCCCGAACCUCGUCACGUUCUCGAUUCCAACGUACUUGGCGGCCUUCCCUAAGGCGUGCACCACGCACAUCUUGACGCUGUGCAAGCAUCAUGGAGUGACGCUGCUGCGAAACUCGGUGGGCGACCGAAGCGACCUCGACUACGAGUUCUGGGAAUGGGUUAAGGAGGAGAAGGCGAGGGCAAAGGCAGCGGCGGGUCCUUGGAAGUCGUAG